AUACAAUUGAAGUAUUUGUUUCCUCGGUAUCAUUAUUUUACUUUAGCAUGGUAUCGGAGCAAGCAUUAUAAUUUUCAAUUUUUUUUCUCCUUUCCAGUUUUUUUUUUUUUUUUUUUUCUCACAAUCGUACACAGCCAUCUCUUUGUUUUUUCUAUGACAACUCCUAUUGACAAAGUUUCCACCAUCACAGCCUCACCAACUAUGGAGUUUCGCCGGAAAAUCAAUGAUCCGUCUUCUCCGUAUUAUCUUUCAAACUCCGACAUUCCCGGUAUAAACAUAUGCGGCGUUACUCUUCGUGGAGAGUCCAACUAUCGUGAAUGGGCAACCGCUACGAAAAAUGCAUUUCGGGCAAAACGGAAACUUGUUUUUUUGGAUGGUUCAAUCUCUCGACCGACGACCAACAAUGACGACCUAGACGAUUGGUAUAGUGUUAAUUCCAUGUUAGUGGGGUGGCUUAUGUCUUCCAUUGACCCGGCGGUACGUUCCAACGUUGCCUAUAUGGACAGUGUCCAUGAUCUUUGGGAUGAUUUAAAAGUGCGCUUUGACGUGGCGGAUCCAAUGCGCAUGCAUGAACUCAAGGACGCCAUUCGAUCUUGUAAACAAGCGGGUAAAUCCGUUACGAUCUAUUUUGGCCGUCUCAAAUCACUUUGGGAUGACUACUCCAACUAUCGACUCUUACCACAAUGCAAGUGUGGUGGGUGCUCUUGCAAUCUUGACAAAGAAUUUCUUAAAAGUGUGGAGAUUGAGAAAACACAUGAAUUUCUCAUGGGUCUGGACAGCAACGUUUAUGCCACUCUACGCUCAAAUGUUCUUAGCAUGACAUCCCUACCUCCCCUAAAUAAGGUUUAUCAACUGGUGGUUCAAGAAGAGCGUCAUCGUAACGUCACUCGCACUCCGGAGAAUAGCGACGAUGCGGUGGCUUUCGCCAUCCGACCAAGCCGCUCUUUCACCACCGACAAAGAAAAAUUAUUUUGUACUCAUUGUAAAAAAGAUAACCAUGAUUUCAAACAUUGCUUCAAGCUUUCUGGAAAUUAUCCAGAAUGGUGGUUUGCAAAUAAGGGUGGCCGCGGACGCGGCUCUAGCCCUGGAACCGGUAGGGGCAGGGGAGGGCCUACCACGGUAACCGCUCAUGCAGUUCAAGUUAAUGAAUCUCCCACAUGUUCCUCUGCACCAAUUGAUCGUGCGUCCCUGCCAAUGCUUUCUGAUGCACAAUGGAGUGAUUUUCUAAAAAUGCUCCAAAAUGGUAAAAACUCAUUUUCAACAGAGAAGCUCACAGGACCUCACUUUGAGGACGCUGAUUGGAGUGGGUGAACGACGUGGUGGGGUCUACUACUUUGUUGGUCCAGGGGUGGUUCAAGCUCAUAAGGCAACUAGUGUGGAUCCAUAUGAUUUAUGGCACCGACGACUUGGUCAUGCAUCUUCUAAAAUUGUUUCUUUGCUUCCAGUUUUUCGUAAUAAAAUAAACAAGGGCGGCUCCUCCAAUAAAUUUUGUGACGCUUGUAUGCGGGCUAAACACACUCGAGAAGCCUUUCCCUUCAGUACUAGUCGUGCUUUGGAGUCUUUUGAAUUAAUACAUUGUGACGUUUGGGGCCCAUAUCGUAUACCCUCAUCUUGUGGGUCUCAUUAUUUUCUCACCAUUGUUGAUGAUUUUUCUCGGGCUGUUUGGGUGCAUUUAUUCACUACCAAGACUGAAGUUCCUC